GUGAAGGCUUAGAAGUUAUGAGAAAAAACAUAAGUUUUUAAACAAAAGACUGAAAAAAGUUAUGUGAAAUUACGAAAAUGUCUGAAAAAGAGGAACAUAAGGAAGGCCCUGUAACGGCUGAAGAUCUGCCCAUGACAUUUCAACCCUUUAGGGCCCCGUCUGUGGUGGUCUAUAGGCUCUUUGAGGCGCGCGGAACGCUACGCGCCGUACGCUCGGGCCUGGUUCUGGUCGGGCGGCGAGCUGCCCUUAUUCGCCGUCCGCAGACCCGCGCUUACGGUGGCCGGAGAUCGUCUUUCGAUCCCCGACGCCCGGAGUGUCGCCUGCUGCGGUGGCUGGGGCGUGAAAAGGAUAGUUCCCUCACGCGCUUCGCCUCCUCCUUUGCGAGCAUCGCAGAAAGAGGAGACGGCUGCCCAGUUCCUCUCGCUACAAACCAUGGCCUCGGCAUCAUGACAAACCCUAAGAAUGUGGAAGAGGCCUAG